AUGCCCGUCUACCGCCUUGAAGUCUCGCCGACAGCGCGCGCCGGCUGCAACGGCAACAAGUGGUGCAAGGGUACCAAGAUCCAGAAGGGUGACUUCCGUGUCGGUACCUGGGUCGAGAUCAUGGGCAACGGCUCCUUCAAGUGGCGACACUGGGGAUCACCUGAAGGAGGAGUUCGACGACCCGACCGAGGUGGAUGGCUACGAAGACCUGCCUUCCGCACCGCGUUCGAGAAGGGCCAGGUUGAGGAGGAGGACGUCCCGGAGACUGCCAAGCCGCGCGACGAGGGCUGGAGCGCCUCGGAGGGUGAGGGCGAGGAAGACGACGAGAAGCCCGCAAAGGGAAAGAAGGCGACGUCCAAGUCUCCCGCCGCCAAGAAGGAGAAGGCGCCUCCUAAAGCCAAGGCUGCUCCUAAGAAGACGCCAGCCAAGAAGGCCCCGGCCAAGAAGGGCAAGGACGACUAUGAAUCGGACGAGUCCGAGGCCGAGCUUUCUGAGGAGGAGAGCGAGGGCGAGAUGUCUCCCUCUGAGCCCGAAACAGAAUUCUCAGACUCGAGCGCCGACAGCCCCAAGAAGAAGAAGAAGGGGAAGAAGUCCAAGGUCGAGGCUAGGGUGAGCUCUCAACCUUGCGUCGCAGCUGACAACCAGCCCCGGAGCAAGCGCGCCGCCGCGGGAAGGAAGUCGAUGAAGGAGUCGGACUCUGACGCGAGCUCUGAGGAGGACGUCAAGAAGGCAUCGAAGCGCGCCAAGGACGACCCGGACAGCGACGAGGACGAAAAGCCCGCGAAGAAGAGCAAGCCUGCUUCGAAGGGUAAGGCGCCCUCGUCCAAGGGCAGCGAGAAGCCUGCUUCGAAGGGCAAGCCGAGCUCGAAGGGUUCGUCGAAGGGAAGUACCAAGGCGGCGCCGAAGCGGCGGAAGCUCGUCGCCUCGUCUGACGAGGAUGACUAG